AUGACUAGUGCAGAUGCCCCGCUGAAAAUUCCCCGCCUCAGUCGAUCCGGCGAUACCCCCACCUCCGCUGAGCGGUGGCAAGCCAUCACCAAGCGCGACACGACAGUAAAUAGCUUCGUCUACGGCGUUCUCACAACCAAAAUAUACUGUCGACCGUCCUGCGGUGCCCGCCUCGCCCGGCGAGCCAACGUCGAAUUCUACAAUACUCCUUCCCAAGCCGAGAAAGCAGGCUUCCGGCCGUGUAAGCGCUGUCGGCCACAAUGCGGCGGCACGGCCGCGCAGAGUAAUCCACAAGCGGCGAUGGUUGAGAAGGCAUGCCGAACAAUCCGCGACGAAGUCGACGCAGGGCUGAAACCACGUUUGCACGAUCUGGCGGCUCAAGCAGGGCUGACUCCGAGCCAUUUCCAUCGUGUGUUUAAAAAGAUUCUCGGCGUAACGCCGGGUCAGUAUGUGGGUAGCGUGGUUCAGAAUGGCAUCUGUCCGUCACUGGGGCCUUUGACGCCUGAUACUCUGUCUGAGCUUGAAACACCUCCGUUGGCACCACCCCUUGGGUUCGUUGGGCCGGAUGGGACGCAAGAUCUGGAUUUAGAUUGCCGGCAAGGCUUCGCGCUUCCUGGAUUGCCAGCGGUUAGGUCUCCUGUCAUCACGGAUAACGCCUGGAAUGAGUUUGAUGUUUUGCUAGCAGCAGAGGAUCAGGGGCACACAAAUCCUUUGGAUUCAAUCUCAAUUGAUCCCCGGGUCUUUUUAGGGCCGGAGUGA